AUGAUCGAUCUCUACUCACUUGCUACUCCAAAUGGUCAUAAGAUUGCCAUUGCUUUGGAAGAAAUGGGACUCGAAUAUAAGGCACACACCAUUGAUAUUAGAAAAGGAGAACAAUUUUCUCCAGAAUUCUUAAAGAUUUCUCCAAAUAAUAAGAUCCCAGCAAUUGUUGAUCAGGAAAAUGGAUUGGCAUUGUUUGAAUCGGGAGCAAUUUUGCAAUAUUUGGCUGAUAAAAGUGGAAAGUUUAUUCCUCCAAAAGGAUCAAAGGAAUAUUAUCAAUGUUUGCAAUGGUUAGCUUGGCAAAUUGCUGGUAUGUUUUGA